UGUUUCUCAUUCAGCUUUAAUUAUCUUUUGUCGAUUAUUCCAUCUAUGGUGAAGGUGUCAGGCAGGAACCCCAGUGACUUUGCAGUGGUGGUUUCUAUGUUAUGCUUUCUCUCAGCCAAUAUUCUUAUAUGGGAGCUUUUAUAUGUUUCUUAACUCCUCCCUUGCCUACUGUACCCGUCAUUGUAUCCGAUCGAUCCAAGUCACGCUCAACAAUUCAGGAACUGUUAUUGUGAUGCUUUCCUGUGCACAAAUCUCGCCCACAUCGUUGGAAACAAGUACGGAAAAGGCGGUUCGGAGCUCCGCUGGUUCUAUCCCUGCGAAGCUGACAUCGUACCGCGAUUACACGGGAUGUCAAGUCUGUGCGGUCUGGUAGUCGAAUUUGCAUUCAGGCCCCUGCUAGCUCAGGCUGGAGCGAGGCAAGCAGAAGAGCUCUCUUCAAUAUUGGUACUCGCAUUUGUAGUAGCUGAUACCCCGAGCCCGCCUAUGGCGGAAUACCUUUACCACUGUUACGGAUGUGGUGACACCACCAUCUUAGUUGAAUCAGGUCGAGACUCGUUGAUGUCGUACCGCGGGGUUCUUUCGCGUAGUCUAGGGUCGGACGAGGUGACACCACUAUCAUUCCCAACCUCAGUCGAAUCAAUGCCAGAUUCGCAUUAUGUAAAGCGAGUAUGGGGUUGGUAAUAUGAUCUUCAAACGCCAUUCGGCGCAGACCCUAUCCAUGAACCAUUGGC